AUGAUGCGAAGAGCCAUUUCAACAAUAACAAAUGAGGUAAAAAAAAGAAUUGUUUUGGGUAAAUAUAAUGAUAAAAGAUGGAUCAAUAGAAGUAUAGUUCGUAGUUAUCCUAAACCUAAUCAAGUUUACACACAUAAUGAUAUAAAUCCUAAUAUUCCUGAUAUUACAAAACGUGUAGUUAGAAAAAAAAGAUAUACCAUUUCAGGACAAAUAAAAGAAAAACCUUCAAUGAAUCCAUUUGUAUAUUCUUAUGCCCUUGGUGAAACUAUUGAUUUACAUGGCGUUCAAGGGACACCAGCACUUAUUACAAAGUAUGACGUUUCAUAUAUAGAUUCUAAUUUUCCUGAUGUUUUACAUUUUUCACAAAAAUUAGAUUUGUCUAUAUCUAAUGUUGGAGUUAAAGAAUUUUAUGUUUUUACAGAUGGUGUGGUAGUUUUUUGGAAUAUAUCAGAAAAAGAAGUUCACAAUUUAUUAACACAAAUAAAAGUAUAUGCACAAAGUCCUUAUGACAUGGCUGUUGUUGAAGAUGAAAAAGAAUCAAUGAAUUUCUUGUUUUCUGAUAAUAAAACAAUAACAGAAAUAUCAUCUGAAGAUGAAAUAAUCUUUAACAAAGAAGUAUCGAAAGAUCCAUCAUCUAUACCAGCUAUUCUUGAAAGGUAUGCCUUCUCACAAGCAAUGGCAGCAAGUGUUAAAAUUGGUAUGUGGGAAAAUCGGUUAGCAAGUUUUGCUGAACCUCUCCAAAAAUCAUCACAGGGUUUAAGAAAGGGUAAAGUUAUAUGGAAAAGAGAUGAUACAAUAAAGAUGUCCGGUGAAUUUGCUGUUUUGAGGCACUCUCUUAAUUUAAAAACAAGUCUUCUCGAUGUAGAUUUUUAUUGGGAUCGUGAUGAGUUAUAUAAUUAUUACAAAAGAAUGACAAAAUAUUUUUCAUUGGACUAUAGAAUAAGGCUUUUGAACAGUCGGUUGACUUACUGUGAAGAUCUUGCCAAACUCAUUGAUAAUCUUCAACAACAUAAACAUGCAUCAAACCUAGAAUGGAUGAUUAUCAUACUAAUUGUUAUUGAAGUUUUCUUUGAUAUAUUUCACUUCAUCAAACCUCAAUCUGUUACCGUAACAAUUGUAAAUGAUUCAGAUGCCAAAUUGAGAACUCUAACACAAUAA